AGGUUGGAUGUCAAGUGGGCGGGGUUGGAUGUCCAAAGUUAAUAACUAACCACCUUAAUCUGCCAAUAACCAUCUAGUGACUGUGAUUGUACAGGAAGGUAAAUAAACGGCGGUAUGGAGUUUUUUUAAUUAUUUAUAGUAAAGGAUCUUAUACGAGUAAUAAUGAGCGAAGGAGGUUGCUGUGUUUCACUGGGUCAGUGUUUUUUCGACUACUACACGACAAAAAUCUUGGUGAUACGAAGCAGGAAAGUGGGGACGCUAAAUCGGAUCACACAAGCUUUAGUCAUAGCUUAUGUCAUCGGGUAUGUGUGUGUUUGGAAGAAAGGCUACCAGGACACGGACACUAUCCUCAGCUCUGUCACGACUAAAGUGAAGGGCAUUGCUUUUACCAACACUACCGAGCUGGGUGAACGGGUCUGGGAUGUCGCAGACUACAUCAUCCCACCUCAGGAAGAUGGCUCAUUCUUUGUGCUGACCAACAUGAUCAUCACACCAAACCAAACACAGUCAAAAUGUGCAGAUAUUCCAACCUCAGCAUCACUGUGCAGCUCUCACAAGGAUUGCAAGAGAGGCUUCAAUGAUGCUCGGGGGAAUGGUGUUUGGACAGGUAGAUGUGUCCAUUUUUCUGACACAGUUAAGACAUGUGAGGUGUUGGCCUGGUGUCCUUUGGAGAAGACUGACGAACCUCCAGAUCCACCACUCCUGGCAGAUGCUGAGAACUUCACAGUGCUCAUAAAGAAUAGCAUCCGGUAUCCUAAAUUUAACUUCAACAAAAGAAACAUCCUACCACAUAUAAACACUUCCUACUUAACACAGUGUGUGUUCAACCGUGAGACUGACCCUGACUGUCCGAUCUUCAGCCUGAAAGAUAUUGCUAAGGAAGCUCAGGAGGAUUUUCAGACCAUGGCGGUCCAUGGAGGAGUGAUGGGUGUGCAAAUUCGGUGGGAUUGUGACCUUGAUAUGCCAAAGAGCUGGUGUGUGCCGCGCUACACUUUCCGCAGGCUAGAUAACAAAGACCCGGAUAAUAACGUGGCCCCAGGAUACAACUUCAGAUUUGCUAAAUAUUACAAGGAUAUUGAUGGAAAGGAAGUCAGGACACUGAUCAAGGGAUAUGGAAUUCGCUUUGAUGUCAUGGUGUUCGGUGAGGCUGGAAAAUUUCACAUUGUACCAACACUUCUGAAUAUAGGUGCAGGCUUGGCACUUUUAGGCCUGGUGACUGUUAUAUGUGACUGGAUUGUUCUGACAUUCAUGAAAAGAAAACACCAUUAUAGAGAGCAAAAAUAUACAUAUGUCAAUGACUUUGGACUUUUAUCCAAUGAAGACGCAUAGAGAAUCUUCAGUCAUCCAACAUUCUCUAUUUAUACAAAUACAGCACAAAGUAUCUUCGACUACACAAAUAGAUCCUCUUGUUUGUAAUAUCUGAU